AUGUCCCGUGUGAAAUUCAACGUCAAUGCCGAGUAUGGCUACCUUCAAAAUUUCAAGGUCCUUCAAAACGUGUUUGCUCGCCACCAGGUAGACAAGCCAAUUCCCGUGCAACAACUUACCAAAUGCCGCAUGCAGGACAACCUUGAAUUCCUGCAGUGGACGAAGAAAUAUUGGGACCAGCACUUCCCUGGUGGUGACUACGAUGCUGUUGCUCGUCGGAAGGCUUCGGGUGCUCCUCCUGCUGCUGCUGGUUCUCGCGCAGGCGCAGCCUCAGCUGGAGCCACACGGCGGGGAGCUACGCCUACCGGUGCCGUAGCUCGUCCACGAGUCGCGGCAGCAAGCGGGCCUAACGUGUCUGCAUUGCAGCAAGAGAUUGCGACUCAGAAGGAAGCUAUUGGCGGGUUGGAGAAGGAGCGGGAUUUCUAUUUUGCUAAGCUCCGAGACAUUGAGCUGUUGCUGCAAAGUGCCAUCGAGGCAGACCCCGAGUUGGAGAAGGAUGACGAUUCGUUGGUGAAGCACAUUCAAGGCAUUCUGUACUCGACAGAGUGUGGAUCGGAGACGGAAUUGGUUACGUUUACGAAGAUAAAUUCGACAUCGUAUAGAAGAAUGUUAAUAAUUCACGGAUUCCCCGGGUCGCACCGCAGGCUUAGAGAACUCUGUACCUUGCAGCAUGAUAGAUGUGAUGAACUGGGGGCGGAGACCAAACACUAG